AAUGUCAAUGUCAUUUGAAUUGUGAAGAAAAAUCUUAGCAAUUGCAAAAUGUUGUAGUUUUGUGAAUUGUAUUGUAAUUAUUCAUUCAUUAUUGCUAAGCCCUCAUAUUUUUAACAACAAUUUAAAGAAUGAUUCGAUUAUCCUCCGUUUACCCUGUUUAAUAUGCAACAAAACUUUAGCAAUUAAGUGUACAAGUGGUGUGUAAACAAACAAAUGGCUGGUGAUCGCGAGAGAAAUAAACAUCGGAGCCCCGAGAGGCAUCGAAGUGAAGAAAAGAACAGACGGAGCCCUGAGCGGGACAAACGGGACCGGAGCCGCGAGCGACACGGACGGAGCAGCGGAGAACGACGGGACAGCAGAGAACGGCGGAAUGGCAAGGAGCGGCGGGACAGCAGGGAUAGGCGAGACAGCGAUAGUGAUCGGCACAGGCGGGACAGCAGCGAACGUCACAAAGAGCAGCGGAACCGCGGUGACAGGGAGCGCUCGGCGCGGCCGCAACACCGCGACCGAGGCCGGAGCUCCUACAGGGAGUACACUGGCGGAGGCCUGGGCGGCGGUCUAGGCAGCGGAGGCCCUGCUCCGAAAGGUCGCUACAAGCCACAAGAGGAGGAGUUCUUAGAUGCCCGACGGGAGGAGCGGGAGAGGAUAGGAGAAGUGGGAGUCUCCUCAGUGUGGGGCAAGUCUCCCACCAGACCUGACUCAGAUGAAGAACCACCCCAGAAGGGUUCAGAAGGGAGCAAAGAGAAGAAGAAGAGCAAAAAGUCCAAAGACAAAGAAGAUACUAAAGUGAAACUGAAAAAACUUAAGAAGAAACUCAAAAAGAUAAAAAAGGCUCGCAAGAAAGCAAAGAAGAAAUCACGUAGUUCCAGCAGUGACAGCAGCUCCAGCAGUGAGGAGGAGAUCUGGGUGGAGAAAGGAAAGGAGCACGAGGUCUUGGAAACAUCGAAGUCAUCUAAAGAUGAAGACAUGCUCGGCGGUGAGGCGCCGGGGCCCGCGCCGCGCACUGGCGGAGCGCUGGCGCCUCGGGACUUCGGCCGCGCCCUACUACCCGGCGAGGGCGCCGCCAUGGCCGCCUUCGUGGCGGAGGGCAAGCGCAUCCCGCGCAGAGGCGAGAUCGGGCUCACGUCCGACGAGAUCGCGUCCUACGAGUCCGUGGGCUACGUCAUGAGCGGCAGCAGACACCGGCGCAUGGAGGCGGUCCGCAUCCGCAAGGAGAACCAGAUCUACUCGGCGGACGAGAAGCGCGCGCUCGCCGCCUUCAGCAAGGAGGAGCGCGCCAAGCGGGAGAACGCCAUCCUCGCGCAGUUCCGCGACGUGCUGUCGGCGCGCGCGCACAGGCGGGAGGACUGACUGAUGCUGACCAGAUCUACUGCGGACGAGCAGCGCGCGCUCGCCGCCUUCAGCAAGGAGGAGCGCGCCAAGCGGGAGAACGCCAUCCUCGCGCAGUUCCGCGACGUGCUGUCGGCGCGCGCGCACAGGCGGGAGGACUGACUGAUGCUGACCAGAUCUACUGCGGACGAGCAGCGCGCGCUCGCCGCCUUCAGCAAGGAGGAGCGCGCCAAGCGGGAGAACGCCAUCCUCGCGCAGUUCCGCGACGUGCUAUCGGCGCGCGCGCACAGGCGGGAGGACUGACUGAUGCUGACCAGAUCUACUGCGGACGAGCAGCGCGCGCUCGCCGCCUUCAGCAAGGAGGAGCGCGCCAAGCGGGAGAACGCCAUCCUCGCGCAGUUCCGCGACGUGCUGUCGGCGCGCGCGCACAGGCGGGAGGACUGACUGAUGCUGACCAGAUCUACUGCGGACGAGCAGCGCGCGCUCGCCGCCUUCAGCAAGGAGGAGCGCGCCAAGCGGGAGAACGCCAUCCUCGCGCAGUUCCGCGACGUGCUGUCGGCGCGCGCGCACAGGCGGGAGGACUGACUGAUGCUGACCAGAUCUACUGCGGACGAGCAGCGCGCGCUCGCCGCCUUCAGCAAGGAGGAGCGCGCCAAGCGGGAGAACGCCAUCCUCGCGCAGUUCCGCGACGUGCUGUCGGCGCGCGCGCACAGGCGGGAGGACUGACUGAUGCUGACCAGAUCUACUGCGGACGAGCAGCGCGCGCUCGCCGCCUUCAGCAAGGAGGAGCGCGCCAAGCGGGAGAACGCCAUCCUCGCGCAGUUCCGCGACGUGCUGUCGGCGCGCGCGCACAGGCGGGAGGACUGACUGAUGCUGACCAGAUCUACUGCGGACGAGCAGCGCGCGCUCGCCGCCUUCAGCAAGGAGGAGCGCGCCAAGCGGGAGAACGCCAUCCUCGCGCAGUUCCGCGACGUGCUGUCGGCGCGCGCGCACAGGCGGGAGGACUGACUGAUGCUGACCAGAUCUACUGCGGACGAGCAGCGCGCGCCUGCUUAUAAAUUAUAUAUUUUGAUUCCA